UACAAGACCCAUGCUACCUAGUGUACCAUCAUAAAUUAUUGAGAUCCUAGUGUUCCAUCACAAAUUAUUGAGAUCUGCAUUCUCUUCUCUUCUCUUCUCUUCUGAGGUAUCAUUGCUUUUUCUGUCUCACCAAUCACCUUCACAGUAGUACCCAUGGGAGGACUCGCCGUCCUUCACCCUCAAGAUUGCCUCAGAGAUCCUCCUCACAAAUCCCUAAUGAGCCCUCCCCGAAACCCUAACCCUAACCCUAACCCUAACCCUAACGCUACGAGAUCCAAUCGUAGAAAACAAACACCCCACAACAACAAAAACAACAAAACCGGACAAACCAUGUCUCACAAUUUGCCCUCCAAAAACCUCGUCAUGGGACAGGUUAAGAUUUUGAAACGUGGCGAGGAAUUGACGAUUUUCAAGAGUCGAGAUUCGGGAGCCGAUGAUUCGAAGCCGCCGGUGAAGGAGGCCGGAGAUUUAGACGAUUUGUUGGUGUCCUCGACGGCUAGGCUGGGUCCGGAGCCCGAGAUGGUGCCGAAACAGAUGAGGCUUGGCGAUUUCUAUGCUGGGUCGGUGAUUAUUGAGUCGCCGCCACCGAGUUCUUUGCCUUUACCAGCUUUCUUUUCUAAGAAGAGUGUUUUGAGUAGCAAGGACGAUGAUGAUGCUACGUUUGAUCUUCGUCGACUUCUUCGACUUAAUUUGCCCUGAAUUUAUCAGAUUGACGAUUAUGUUUGGUUGCUCCGAUUGGUGAUUUUCCCUUAUUUUUUUGGAUGGGAAGAUCAGAUUGGAAAAGGCAAAUCAUCAAUUUGUUUUGGGUUGUUUUAGUUGUGUGUAUUGUAUAGCCUGUUCUGACAUAGAUUAUGGCUAUGUAAGUUUAUUUAUUAAUUUAGAGGUUUGUUUAUUUAGAUUAGACUAGGUUGAGAAAUGGAUGUUUGUGUCUUAGAAGGUGUUAGAUUGGCUUUUGUUAGAUGGUACUUUUGUCUGGGAUGAAAUUAGUGUACCUAUAAUCUGAUGUAGCUGUUGCUAAUUUAUAUGCAUACUAUAAAGAUCUUUCUUUUGUCAAUUUUACCUUCA